UCAGUUACAAACGCGCGUAGUUGUCUCCUGACGUGCGUAGUAAACACCCAAUAAUAAAAUGAACACACAAAAAUGUGAUACUGUUCCACACGACACGAAUUCGUGACAUUAUUACACGUAGUUUUCAUCCCGAAAUAUUAAUAAUAUAUUGUAUAAUAAAUAAAAUCUUUAAUCCGUGAGUUUCCGCGCUCACAACAUGAAUAUACUCUUCCGGAAAAAUUUUCAGGCGGAAGGCUCCUCUAAGGAGAGAAGCUAUUCCAGUGGCCUGGGCAGGAGGACGACUAGUGGCAACACCAAUGCACUGGGAACCGUGCGGAGGACCAGGGAAUCCAGGACCCACAUCCUCCUGGGUCAUGCAAACUUCCCACAGGAGUUCGAGGACUUCGUCGGACCCCCUUUGUUGGCGCAACCAAAACCCACCUCAGCUGUCCCACUCAUACGGUGGAUCCGGAGGAAACAGUCCACGGGGAAAGCGGAGACGAUCGUCACCAACACACCACAUUUCGCAAAUGGCACUGGGACUAGUGCGAGUGCGACUUGCAGCUCGGUCAACAACAAUCCAAUUGACAAGAAUUGCAGAGGUCGCCAUGGUUCGUAUUCUACAUUAAACAAUCCUACUGGUACAAACGGUCAUAGUACUCUCCAUGUCAGAAAAGUUGAUUCGGCGAGUAUUGCCAAUUUGGAUAAAGAUUGUUUUAUCAUACCAAUCGCUUAUUUGGACCGAUUCCUACCCGACGGAGUCAACCUCCCUAGGUCUCCAAGUCCAAGUAAAACCAAUGCUUUAAAUAUGGUCGAAAUAGACGACCCAAAAACUUGCCUUAUGUUUCACAUGAUGACCACAUUGGAACCGAUCGAUCCUGUUUUAGAAUCUCCUUUGUCGGAUCCAAUGGCCAGACAAACAGCAGCUGCAUGUUCACUACUUACAGAAAUAGCAGCUACCAAAGUAGCUUCGGAAGGCAUGUUGCUGGCAAAUUUAGAAAAAGACGCCGUAUUCCCGUUCAUUACGUACUACGUGCUGAAUAAGUCUUCGGUGUCAAAUCCCCGUGAAGUGGCGGUAAACGUUCGAAAUACGACUCUAAAAAAAUUCGACCCCCGGGCCAUCAAGCACACCACCGAUCACACGUUCGACUUGUUCACCGAAGUGGCCAACAUCGUGUGCCCCCCAAUGAGCCAGUCAAAAAGGCCUAGAAGUACGCACACAGCUUACAUCAUAUCUGUGUACAAAGUAUUCGACGGCGACGAUAGUGAAAAGUUCGAGAAACACUGGCUUUAUUGGACAGGUGCACGCAUGAUCUACAACUAUCUACCGAAAUCAGCCGGCCUAAGAAGGAUAACGUUACACAAAUCGCAAUCGAACGGCGACAAGCAGUACGUGCUGAUGUGCGAAUGCGCGAAUUUACUACAAGACUUCACGUCCGUCGCCAAAUUACUGCCAGCGCUCAAGGCUAGACUGUGUGGCUGUACUGGAGUAUACCGAUCUAUAUUUAUCAUUUAAUUUUAAUAAUUAUUUAUGAAUUUAUUAUUAACACGUGGGUCGUGGAUACCACGCAAUACGUGUGUCUAUGAAGUAUAUAUUCACAAAUAUUUUCGAGAUAAUAACGUAUAAGCAUAACAUAAAAGACGACUAGCGAGUAACAUAUAAUUAAAUCAUAUUUUCCAAUAUAAUGUUAACGAAAAUGUAUAUGAUAUAUUAUACUUCUACAUGAUAAUGAUAUAUAAAUUAUAAGUAUUAUACGUCACUCGCAAUAUGUACAAAUUAAACAAAUAUUAUAUUUUUUAUACUUAAAA